UGUAGAAAGUUCUGGACCUCGGGAGCUGUGGCCACUUUGCCGUGCGAGAGGGGGUUUGUUGCAGUUCUGUUUUUGCUUAAUAAGGGUUUCGUUUCGAUUGUAAUUGUGGUGCGUUCUAGUUGCGGAUUCUGGUCUCGGGCACUUGCAUAACACCUGUUUCAGGUUAGUGAGAGCAAGCGGCAGGAACGAUGAUUGAGGUGGUGCUUAACGAUAGGUUGGGGAAGAAGGUACGUGUGAAGUGCAACGAAGAUGAUACAAUUGGGGAUCUCAAGAAGCUGGUAGCUGCUCAAACAGGAACGCGACCUGAGAAGAUUCGCAUCCAGAAGUGGUAUACCAUAUAUAAGGAUCACAUCACUUUGAGUGAUUACGAAAUUCAUGAUGGCAUGGGACUGGAGCUCUACUACAAUUAAGGAGCAGUAUAUGAUAUAGCGUUUCGGCUGAGAUGGGUUGAAAAUGUUAACCUUAUAACUGUUUAAAGUCUAGACGGAGGAAAGACCAGGGGGUUAGGGUUCGAGAUUACUUAUCGUAUUUGUGUGUUCUGCGUAGACCGAUGUGCACGUAAAGCUUUAAAUCCGGAGGGGUUUUUGUCUGGCACGUUGUUGUUUGUGGAUCUUAACCCGCUGAACUUCUCCUUGUACAACAUCGAUAUAUGUGAAAGUUAAUCCUUCCACGUGCAUUGUUAACUUUAUGCGUAUAUAUCACUAUACGUCGAAGGUGUGCUGGCAGGUAUAUGCUCUGCAGCACGCUGGACUAGGUGACAGUCUUUGUGAACUUUGUGUCCAGGGCAGAUAUUUCAAACGUGUCAUUCACGUUCACAACUCAGUUAACCAUUUCCUUGGAUCUAUUUUUUAA